GCUAGAUCUAUUAACAUAAACUAAAGGUGAACAUGUCUUCUCAAGCAAGCUUGAGGUGUCUAGAGCGUCGCAAGUCAGCAGGUGCUCGUCUGCAGUCUGCCUCUCAAUGUGACCCACUCUCUAAAGACUCAGGCUAUGGGCCCCACAACUCAGAGAAAGAAGCAACAGCUCAGCAAAGACCUAUGUCAGGAAUUCCAGAGCUCCACACAAGAGUGCCAAGGAGGAGAGUCAAGUCUGCUCUGGAGUCAAGAAGAGAACAAGAGGCUUCACACAUUUUUCAAGGGCAGGGGAAAGAGAAAGAGGCUGCAUCAGUUGACCCACAAUGGGGGACGACAAAGUACUUAGAGGAUUUCGGCCCAAAGAAGAGAGGUACACCUGUCCCGAUGAGACCUGCUUCCAGUACAAGACGAAACAACCCCCAUCCAUCAAAUGCAUUCAUGGUAUGGCAGUUUCCAGGACGCACUCACAAGCACCACAGGGCCAUUCCCCCUCCCCCGGACACAUGGAGGUACAUCAACGAAGGAUUCUAUGAGGACUACACCAACGACUAUAACACUGGGGAUGCUAAAAAUGAAGUCCCUAUCACAAACGUUGCCAAAAUAGAGUAUCCAGGCUCUCCGAGAAAGAAGAGUGCCUCAGCUGAAGCAUCAGGGGCUUGUCUACUGCCUGGAGUUUCAGGAACAAAGGCUCAAAUUAUGCCCAGAUAUGCUAGUACAGAGUCAAAGAAAAUGUUUCGACCAGCUAGUCCACAGAGUCGAAUGAUAAAAGGUACAGUCAAAGAGGGGUCACUUCCUGUGUUGAAGAAAUGGCUGAAGGUGGCAUCCUCUAGAGAGAGAGAAUUGGUUCUUCAAAUGCUACAAACUGGCUACGAUAACUCUGAAGAUGUACGACUGACUAAGGCAUUAGACAGUGUUCUACAGCCAGAGUCCAGUGAAAAAGUGCAGAGCUGGCUACAGAAUGCAUCUGAAUCAGAGCGGAAAAUUUUGCUUAACGUUUUGGAAACACUUGCGAUCGCCACUGACGACAACCAAGGAUUUCAGCCGCCAGGUUUCUACACAAUUCAGAACUAUCAAAUGAACGGCUUAGACAACCACUAUCGUGCUAACAGCUAUCCCAUUACACUGCGUCCUAGGAGACACUCAGCUUCUCACCAGCAGAGCAAGUCUCACAGAGGAAGCUACUCCAAGCAUCAUCAACAAGGACGCAAGAAGCAGCCGGAAACAGGACAAACGGCAAGUGCUGUCUUUGAUGGGAAAGGCUUUGGUUUGCAUGGAAAGAAGAUGACAAUGCGAGCAACCAAGGACGAGAGAGGUAUUGACUUGAAGCCGGAGAUUUGGCACAACCGGAUACUACCAAAACCCACUGGCGCUGGCAUUACACAUGCUGGGGGCAUGUUUAAUCAGCCACAGAAGUACAGAGGACAACACUUUACACACCAUCCAGAGUGGCCAACGGCAUAAAACUGAAUUAGUGUUUACUAGAAUAUGUAACUCCACGGCAAUUAGGUAGUUUUGGCACAUAACACUUAGAUUGUGCAACUGUCAAUUUUUACAAAUUAAUUUAUGCACAUUAUUUUUUACCAAUCGUCUGUCCUAAACAUAGAUUCAUGCAUUCUUUCUAAGAUCCAAAUUUCUGACAUACCAUGGUAUUCAUUAUGUGGAGGUCUGUCGUGUGCAAAUAUUUAUUAUGAA